UUUGCUCACGAAUUGGUUGUGGCUAGUUUGCAAAAUAGGCGCUCCUAAAUUGCUAGACAGAAAUUAAAUGUACGUCGCAAUUUCUCAAAUUAUGACUUAACAUCAUUUUUUUCUCAGAUAUGACAGCAGUAUUUCUUCAUGAGCUGGUGCACGAGGCAGCGCGUGCUCACGGUAAUAAAACAGCUGUCGAGUUCGAUAGCAGCAUUGCAGCGCGCGUAUGUUUGACAUAUGAUGAAGUUAUUUCCCUAGCAAACGAGUUAACUGGACACUUGCGCAUUCAUGUCCAGAAACAUGAUGGUAUCAUAGGGUUAUUCUGUCAUGCAGAUGUCCUGCUUCCCGCCUGGAUUCUUGGUAUUCUGCAGCUUCCUGCUGCAUAUGUGCCUCUUGAUCCUGCAUCACCACCUUUGUGCAACCUGAGAAUGAUAAACAAGUGCAGACUGAACUUCUGCUUGAUACAAAACGAAUUGCUUAAUCAAUUCCAGAGCGCAUUUUUCAACCUGCUGUCCCUGGAAAUAUGUCUCACAUUGUCCUCACAUAGGCUCACUUUAAUAAAAAUACAAAGUGAGCAGGACGCAAACAUUCGAACGACCGAUCAGCCGUCCAACGCCAAUGUUAUGACCAAAGACAUCCAACAGAGGGAGACUUUGGCUUAUGUUUUGCACACAUCUGGAACAACAGGGCUUCCAAAAAUAGUCAAGGUCCCACACAGGUGUAUUGUGCCUAAUAUUACACAUCUAAGAUCUGUUUUUAAGAUGACUGCAGAAGAUGUUGUAUUUCUAUCGUCUCCGUUAACCUUUGACCCCUCCGUGGUGGAGAUGUUUCUGGCCCUGUCCUCCGGAGCGUGUCUCCUAAUUGUCCCCUCUGCUGUUAAAAAGAUGCCACGCAGACUUGCAAAUGUGCUAUUUAAACGAAACACAACAACAGUCUUACAGGCCACUCCCACUCUUGUGAGGCGCUUUGGAAAGCGUGUCCUUCAGGAGGAGGUGCUUAGUGCUAAUUCAUCUCUGAGGUUAUUGGCUUUUGGAGGAGAGCCAUGUCCAUCUCUAAGUCUUCUCAAGAACUGGAGGCAAAAAGGCAAUGACACACAUAUCUGUAAUCUUUACGGUACCACAGAAGUUUCUUGCUGGGCAAGCUGGUACAAAGUCCCAGAUGAACAGCUGUGCUUGGAGAACAUAACUGAUGAAUUUGUGCCCCUUGGAGAGCCGAUGUUGGAUACCGUAUUGGAGGUGAGAGAUGAGAGAGGAUGUCUCGUCACUGAAGGAGAAGGACAACUGUUCAUUGGUGGUCAGGAGAGGGUGUGUCUGCUUGAUGAUGAAGAAACUGUAGUCAAGGGAACAAUGCGUGCUACUGGUGACUGGGUGCAGGUGCGUGAUUCCCAGUUGUAUUUCAUGGGCAGGAAGGAUCGGCUUAUUAAACGCUUUGGUCAGCGCGUACACCUAGAUGCCUUGCAGCAGAUCAUUGAGAAUUUGUCUCAGGUGGAGGCGUGUGCAGUGAGCCUGAGUGAGGGUGACAGGCUGCUGGCAUUUAUAGUGCUCGCAUCGGGUCAACCAGGAACCCUUUCAUCCUCUGAAUUUCCUCAUCAAAAACCUUUCCAACAUUCCUCACAGUCUUCUGAAGACCUCGCCACUGGCGACAUGUCAAAAAACUCCACCUCCCCCUCGCUCAGAGUUGUUGAAGAUGAGAUUCGCAAGAGGUUAUCACAGCUUUUGGCCAGUCACAGCAUUCCAGACAUGAUAUUCUUCAUCCCUGCUCUUCCACUCACCUCUCAUGGUAAAAUAGCCACUGAUGAGUUGAUGAGGAUGUGUGACACUCAAAAACAAGAUAUAAAUACAAAAAACAUACAGAAAGACAUUGAAUCUGUGAGAAUGAAGUUAAAGACGCUGUGGAAGGACUGUAUUGGCUUGCCGAAUGACGUGGUGGUUGAGGAAGAUGCACACUUCAUGUUAAGUGGAGGAGACUCCCUUCAGGCCCUGCGUCUCUGUGAUGAGAUCACUGUUGCCAUGGGGACAACCUCUGUGGGCCUGCUUGAGGUCAUAUUAGAUGGCUCUUUCUCAGAUGUGGUUAGCCACGUCAUGACAGAAACGCACAACAACGCAAUCCAGCCAUCAAAGAAGAGACUGCUGGAUGAUUCAGGCUCUAAAGUUUCACUCAAAAGACAACACAAGGAAAUAUCCACAGAGAAUGCUACAGAAAGCACAGAGGGUUUUGUAGUUCCCUCAGUGGGAAGGACUGUGGGAUUUGUAGUUGUGAGACGAGCUGGUGAGGUUACAGAUUGGGGUUGUAUUCAGAAAAUACAGGAGAAAAACUUCUCAGAUGCACUAGGAGCAAGCCAGAUCAAAUUUACAGUGACAAAUACUUCUGAAGACACUAAUGUGGGUUUAAUAUCUAAUCCUGCUAUUAAGAAGAUCACAGAGCGCCAUGUUCCUCAAGAAGUUACUGAGAUCUUACCCGUCACUAAGUGCACAGGUAUAGGUGAAGGUCCUUCCGAAUUCCUGCCGCUAAGCCUGCGGGUCCUCUGGAGCUCAGACACGGGCAGGUGUGUAGAUGCCUCUCCAGUGCUGCUGGUGGGUCCUGAUAGGACCACCGUGUUCAUUGGCUCUCACUCGCACAGACUGCAGGCUCUUGACUUGUCCAACGGAGAGGUCAUCUGGGAGCGUAUCCUCGGAGAUCGGCUUGAGUCUUCAGCUGCCGUCUCCAAAUGUGGAAGCCUUGUAGCAGUAGGCUGCUAUGACAGACAGAUAUAUUUCCUGGAUGUUUCCUGUGGGGACACUGUGUGGACGUUUGAAACAGGGGAUGUGGUGAAAAGUUCUCCUACUGUAGACCCUAAAUCUGGGCUGGUUUUCGCAGGGUCUCAUGAUGGCUUUGUUUAUGCAUUAGAGCCACUGGCUAAGACUUGUGUAUGGCAGCACUAUUGUGGAGGAGGUGCAGUGUUUUCAUCCCCUUGCAUCCACUUGUCUUUUAGACAGUUAUACUGUAGUACUUUGAGUGGGAAUCUCCACUGUCUUGAUCCAGACAGUGGAAAACUCUUGUGGACAUAUUCCAGCAGUGUCCCGUUUUUCUCUUCUCCUCGCUGCUCUGAUUCCUCUGUCUUCAUUGGUUCAGUAAAUGGAAAUAUUAUUGGAAUAAGCCAUUCUGGAGAUACGUUAUGGGAAUUCACCACUAAAGGACCAAUCUUCUCAUCACCGUGCGUUUCCUCUUGGACGUUUUGGACUGAUCAGCCGGUUUCUACAUCACCCAGUCCCACAGUCACAUGUGGGUCACAUGACGGUCAUGUGUACUGUAUAAAUACUGAUAAUGGAUCAUUACUGUGGCAGUUUCAGACCACAGGCAAGGUGUUUUCUACUCCAUUUGUGUUUGACGGCAAUCCGUGGAGUUUGAGGACAUUAGUGGCUGUGUGCUCCACUGAUGGAAAGGUGUGGAUUUUAGAUGGAGAAACCGGCACACUGAAGGCCACCUUGUCAUUGCCAGGCGAACUUUUCUCUUCUCCCGUCGUAUGGGGGCGCAAGUUAGUGGUGGGAUGUCGUAAUGACUAUGUCUACUGUCUAGAACUGACCAAAAAGUGAUUAAUCACAAGGAUGACCCCAUGUGCAACUGGAAGUAUAUCUGAAGUAUAUUUUUAUAUACAACUCCUAAAUCUGCCUAUUAAAAAAAUUACAUGGAUAUAUGUUCAGUAUGCAUUAUAUGUAUAUAUGUCCUGCAAAAUACAUAAAUGUAUUUAAAUGAUUAGUUCACUUCCAGAACAAAAAUUUCCUGU